GCUUCAGGUAAACAUCACUUCCGGGUUCAGCGGCUCACUGCUAACAGCUACAUCCAUCCGGUGCUUCUCUUCACCCCGACCCGCCAAAACUGCAAGUAACCGGCAUACGAUGGCACCUGCAACUAUGUCCAACUUUCAGCGUCUCGUCAGAGCCUUCAACGCUUACAUCAAAGCUAAGCAUCAUCUCCAGUUUGUGGGUCUUGACCCAAAAAUCCCAACGCCAAUGCGCCUCAGAAGGAUAGAACAGCAUCUGAUGGAGGCGGUCCGACCGGCAGCGAGAACGCCUGCGGUGGACGCUCUGAGGCAGGAGAACGCUAAGAACUGGACCACUACCACAAUCCAGAUCCUACAGGAGCACUAUGACCAGAUCCUGAAAGACCUGCCGUCCGUCGUGGCCCCUCUAGUGGCCGGAGAGGACUGGGAGACGGCCCUGGUGGUGGCCGUCCGCUGGGUCCAACGAGACCUGAGGCGGAUCAGACGGAACGUCGUGGAUAAGGCGGUGACCGACAUCAGGGAGAUCGUGACCAGGGUGUUGGCGGAUUCACGAGUCCAGGCAGCUCGACCGGCCCGGUCCACCGUGGAGGCGUCCAGCGCCUUGGAGCCGGAUCCGGAGCCAGUCCAUCAAGCAAAGAAGAUAAAACUGGAUCAGGAUCAGAAACCUGAGGCUCCUCCCACCUUCAAAUCAGAGGCUCCUCCCAACUAUACACCUGAGGCUCCUCCCACCUUCAAAUCAGAGGCUCCUCGCAACUAUACACCUGAGGCUCCUCCCACCUUCAAAUCAGAGGCUCCUCCCACCUGCACAACCAAGGCUCCUCCCACCUUCAAAACUGAGGCUCUUCACACCUGUUGUUCUGCCCACCAUCACACCUGUUGCUGCUCUCAUCUUAAGUCCUGAGCCUCAGGUGGGAGGAUCUCCCUGCCUUCACACCUGAGAGGACCUAGUGGAUGAAACUGAAAGCUACCAGAACCGCCUGGUCACCUGUUGUUUGACUCAUUCAGUGUUUUUGUCAGAUGUUUGAGAAUUUUUGUUAAUAAA